AUGGAUCCCCCUCGAGACCCGCCUACAGAGGCCGCUCGCACUUCGCGCAGCUCUCCAGCGGCUGUCCGCGACGUCGUGCGCCAGCCCGAGACCGCUCCGGCAUGGUCGAGUCGGUCAGCAGUGUCGCUUGACCUCGGUAUCAAUACGAGCGAUGCCUCCUUCCGGGUUCCCAAGCGAAAACGGCUUGCGAAGGCCUGCAACGCUUGUCACAAGAGCAAAAGACGCUGCGACGGAUAUGAACCUUGCGGAAACUGCUAUUUUGCUUCCAAGGAGUGCGUAUAUACGGACGCGUCGGGCGCGCCCGUUUCAGCGCCCUUUGGCCGGCCUCUAGGGCGCGAGGCCGUGCCUGGGCCAUCCGGUGCCAGCACGUCGCCGAUAACCGCGACUCCUGCCUCAUCCGCCUCGCCCAUGGGCAUCCCGGGGCCUGGUCCAGGGUCUGCUAAAAAGCAAAGGGGCACCUCACGCCCGACUGAUACUUCGCCCCCAGGUACGGAGCAUGCGGGGCGCAAGCCUUAUCACGGGAGCGACAAGCAAGUCGCCGGGCCGCACAACCACUCCUCGGGCAUUCAUCCGUCUCUCGCUCGAGAGCUCAUCAACUUGUUCUUCGCUCAUAGUCAUCCGCAAUGCCUCAUCAUUCAUCGACCGUCGUUCGAUGAGUCUUUGCGGCGCGGCAGUGUGCCACACUAUCUACUGCUGGCCAUCCUGGCGCUGGCAUCUAUCCACUCCAAGCACCCCGCGGUGCGGACGAACCCUCCGCGGUGCGCGGGCCGCCAAUUUGCACGGGAUGCGAAGACGAUGAUGUUCGACGACGAGGGUCGACUCAUCGUCGAAAGCAAUCUGGCUACAGCCCAGGCGCUCUGCCUUCUGGAGAUGCACACCUAUGUCUCGCACCCUGACUUCCUCGCCGGACGCAAAUAUCACACGCUGGCAAUGCACAUCCUUGACUCGUUGGGUUUUCUCGAAGAGCGACCCGAUAAUCAGUCUAACGGCGAUCCUCUAGAGAUCGAAUUGGGCCGCCGCACCUUCUGGCUCAUAUAUUUACUGGACCUCCUGGCGUUCAUCUACAUCAAGGCGCCGACUCCGGAUUUCAGCAGGCGCACGCACAUCCCGUUACCGGUUGACGAGACCUCGUUUGAUUUCGCGAGCACUGCAUUACCAGAAUACCUCGAUACAUUGCCCACACCGAAUCAACAACAAUGUUCUGAAUUUGGGCAUUUGCUUCGCAUCGUCCAUAUCAAGUGGAGACUGGAGCAUGACCUCCGGGAACUCAGCGGCGCGAGGGAUCCUCGGACUACGCAGGGGGCGUUAGCAAUGGGACGGCAGGCGGUUGAAGCAUGGGCUGCUUCGGUCCCACUCAACCUCGUCUACUCCAACGAGAAUCUACAGAUGCAAAUGGCGAUGUUCGAGACGGGCUCCAACGGCGGCGCCUGGUGUUACUGUCUCAUGCAUGUCAUGCACGCAUCCUGCGUGAUCAGCCUGGACAUCGCUUUCCGCAGGCACACGCCAGUCCCAAUCACCCAAUGGGCCGUCGACCAAAUCUUCACCAUAAUCAACGCAGUCGGCCAGCGCGCGCGAAACAGCGUCUUACUGGCUUUCGCGUUAUGGUCGCUGAGUCAAUAUUACGGCGAGAACCAUCCCAUAUUGGCCCAAUGGUCGGCGCACUUCCAGGAGCUUUGGGAGCUCAAAAUCGACGCGCUGGCCGCGUCCAUGCAUCGGCAGUCUCAGCUAGACGAGUCUGGCCGCGCAGGGCAGACCGAGCUACCCCAGCCCCAUCCAGCGCCGCAUUUGGAUCCGUCCCUCAUCAACCCGGCGGCUGCUCAAUACGGUGGCGGACAGGGCCGCCGGGAAUCAACUCUUGCGCCACGUCCGCAUCGGGGUACUUCAAUGCCGCCGAUUGCUGGGCCCUCGUCGAGCAGAGAUGCGGACGUAGGGCGCGUACGAGGAGGCAUGAGCGCGAUGGAGCAGCAGCUCCAUUCGAGGCGUGGAGCUGUCCCGAUUGAACCUAUCAAUGUGACGCGGCCGUCGUUGCCAUCGCUUAGAGAUAGCGGUCUUCUCACCGUAAGCCCAAGGCCCAGUCAAAGGCAGGAGCCCCCGGGUUCGCAACCCCAAAAUCCUCGACAGCCAGGUGCGAGUACCCAGGGUGAGCAGUUUGCGGACCUCGGGUUGAACAGUGUUAUCGCAAACUAA